UAAGCGCAACCUUUGAUUUCCGUCCUGCAAAUAUUUGUUUAUUGCAUUGUUCCAAUCCGCCGAUCUGAUAAUGGACUCCACAGAGCCUUCACUGCUUGAUUUCUUCAAAUCGGAGAAAGUGUUGGGCUCUAAUUCGAAGCCACUGAAUUCGUCGCCGGCGGUUGAGAUUCCGGUUGCGGAUCCAUUGACUUCUAAGACCCCCGAGAAGCCCAUCAGUGCUCCUCGGCAGAGCAAAAAAGGCAAUGCCGCCUUCUCUGUGAAACAGGUCAGAGAAGCGGCUCAGAAGCUCCAUAAUUCAGAUCCGGUACCAUCCGCUAACGACGAUCCAUUCGCCGAUCAAAUUUUGAGGCACCCCGGACAGCAUGAUGUUUCUUUUCCUGAAUCUUCUGUUACAAAGCCUAGGAAACCAAACAGUUCAGCCAAGCUUCCAGAAAAGUAUGAAAUGUUAGUUGAGUUCUUCAAUUGCCUGGAUAGUUCUAUCAGAUUACUAAAGAUAAAGGGAUCAUUGGCAACAUUUACCAGUAUUAGACCCAAAAUUCAGAACUUAUCUGACAGGAGGUUUACACACAGUCAUCUUGCGCAGUUGAAGUUUAUUUUACCAGAGGCCAUUGUAUUAAAGACGGUCCAUCUGCUGGAUGAGUUUACACAAUGUAAGAAGAUUGAUAUUGGUGUUACACUUGAUGCCAGUACAAUUGUGAAUGAAGUAAAGACAAAAUCAGGCAGUACCAGUAUAGAUAUGAGGAAAGUAUUCCGAAAGAGGCUUUUGGAUUUUAUCCGAGACCAUCCACUGGAGGAGCCUGACAUUCCAGAGGGGGAAUUGCCACAACCAUUUAAUAAAUCAAAGGAUAAUGUGGCCACCAACCCCAACCCAUCCGACCCACCAGCUUCAUUUUCACAUCUGCCUCAAUCGUUUAAGCCCCGCUUCUCUAAACGUGACCAAACCAGUACAGAAUCUUUUGCUAACUCUCAUCAUAAUGAACCAAGCUUAAAACCAAACUGUACCAGAUUCCCUCCACAUCCAAACACUCCCAUAAAGGAUCUACAUCAAUCCAUAACUGAAGAAAGAACUCCAGCUAAGCCUGUAUCCACAACAGGAGUGAUGACUUCUACACCCACGCCUCAACCUCCUCCUAGGAGAGGAUAUAUGAGCCCUCAGGGUGAUUCAUCUAAGCCCCCAAACAAACUGUUAAAGCGCCCUUUGAACUUUGAUUCGCCAGUGAAGAAUGAAGUUAGUGAGGCUGGAGCACGUUCUUCAGCUUACCGUGAUAUGCUGGGUGUUCUUUCUGAGAAUCUUUUGGAAUCGAUAAGAGAAAAAGAAAGGAAGGCAUUAGAGGAAAGAAAUCCUGUGAUCUCACAGGCAAAGUGGAGAAAGCAAAUGAUUGCAGGCCUACCUAAAAUGUUUGACACAAUUCAUUUCCUAUUCCAAUCCAUCCAACACUCAGUUAUCAGAAAACAAGAGCUUAUGGACAAAAUACUUGCGAACUACAUAGACAUUAUUGAUAGCAGAGAAGCUGAAGAGCAACUCAGUUUAUUGUAUGUCCUAGCGCCAGAGUGGAUUUAUGAAAAGAUGUCCUUAAGUGGCGAUCUCCUUGUUUGUGUUAACAAAAUACAAUCUCCAGAUUCAAUACGGAUGAGACUGGCAGAUGCAAUUUGAGAGGAGAAUGAUGAUAGAGGCCUUAGUAUUGUGUAAUAUUUUUUUUGAAAAUAGUAUUGUAUAUUAUUAAGUUAGUCUUUUUAUUAAACUUCAUCUAUAAUUAUAUGCCUUGAAGUAGUGAGCUUAAUUUGAUAAUGCUUGGGGUGACUCAAUUAGGCCUUGAGUUGUAACAUUUUGACAUUGUUAAUUUUGACAACAAAGAUAAAUGCCCCUUCAAGAUGAGCAAAUGGAAGGGGGUUCCAUGUUCAGUAUAUCAAAAGCAAAAUCAAAUCAUACAAGUAUGCGAUAUUAGAAUACUAAU